GAUAUUGCGAAGAUUUUCCCUAAAACACCCCUUAUGUCUGAGACUGAAUGGAGGAAUCUGGGAUGCCAGCAGAGUCAGGACAGGGUGCACUACAUGAUCCAGGAGCCUGAACCCCAACAUCAUACUGUUUCGAAGGACUUUGCCAAAGAAGAUCUAAGAUCCUAUAUCAUGGCUAUUCUUGUUGGCUACAUACGAGCACCUCAGAUUUUAUGCAAGUUUUCCUCAGAUUUUAUUGGACGUUGCCGCAUAACAUUCUUCAUUUCUCGACAAAAUGAUUUUCAUCAAGAUCCACGCUGA